AUGGCUCAGAACGGACCCCACGGCCACCAAGUCGACGCCGCUGCCUCCGACGACGGCCACCGCGCACCACCAACCACUGUCGCCUUCUCCCUCACGAGCGCCGGUCCAUACGGCAACGCUGGUUCCUCGGCGGGCAACAUGGAGAACCUGGACGCCAGCGCCAGCAAGGGUAAGAACCUUAUCCCUGACCUCAACAUGGAAGAGCGCGACGACUCCGCGGGCGGCAGCAAAGAUAAGCCGCGCUCGGAAGCGGAGCUGGUGGUACCUGCUGCCGAUGCCGACGCCGACGCCGGCGCCGACAAGGGUAAGAGCGUGGCCGCUGCUGACGACGGCGAGCCCACCGUCAACAUCGCCUUGGAGCCGGAGAAGCGCAAGCGGAUGAAGGAUCUGUUCAGGGAACUUCGAGACCUGAUGCCCCACGUCCCUCGAAAGACUGACAAGGUGGCCUUAAUGGGAGAGGCGAUCAAGUACAUCAGGGCCCUCGAGGAGAAGGCGGCCAUGCUGGGGAAGCAGGUGCUCGCGCGGCCGCCGCCGGCCGCAGCUAGGGGUGAGGCCUCUUCCUCCUCCUCUUCCUCUUUGACGGCGGCGAUGAUGCCGGACGUCCCGCGUGGCUGGGGCGGUGUGCCUGCUGUGCCGCCGGCUGGCCCAGCCGUGCCAGCGUCGCCGCCGCUCAGAUGCAAUACGUGGACGUGGCCAAACGUGGCGCUGACUGUUGCGAACGAGAAUGCUUGCAUCAGCGUGUGCGUGCCACGGCGCGCCAACAACACCCUGAGCAUGCUGAUGUCCGUGCUGGACAACCAUGGGAUCGACGUGAUCACCUCGCAGAUCUCGUCCGACAGAGCUCGCGACAUGUUCAUGAUCUAUGGCCAUGUGACUGGAAUUGGUGGUGAGAAUCGUCGUUCAGCAGAGGAAGUGUACCAGAGGGCUGUGUCAGAAAUCAAGUGCAGGCUCAACAACAGCAACACCUAGACCGGAGCCGCCAUCAACAUGUCCUCAAUCCUCAUGCAUGGGCGUCUCAAGACGCGCCACUGUCUGCCAUCGAUCUGCAUGCUCAGCGCUCGCUAGUUUGCAGCCUUCGGACUGGAGCGAUCG